AAACGGGACGUCACCGCGGAGUCAGGCGGAGGCGGAGUCGCUAUGUCGGCUGCGCGGUUACUCUCUCGCCUAGCCGGGCCGCUUUGCCUCAGGCGGCCCUUCUCCCCAUUCCGCGUCUUAGCUAGCUGUACUUGGAGCCAUGAGCCUCCCAGGCCGCUCGGGCAGAAGACGCGGCCCCUCGGGACUUUAUCGGCGGCGGGCUUGGUGCGAGCGGCGCCCGGGCCGGCUCAGCCCUACCUGCGCCUCAUGAGGCUGGACAAGCCUAUUGGGACGUGGCUGCUGUACCUACCCUGCACUUGGAGUAUAGCCCUUGCAGCAGAACCAGGCUGUCUGCCGGCCUGGGACAUGCUGUUACUCUUUGGCGCUGGCGCAGUCCUGAUGCGUGGAGCAGGCUGCACCAUCAAUGACAUGUGGGAUCAAGACUAUGACAAAAAGGUUACAAGAACAGCAAGCCGACCACUGGCAGCUGGAGAGAUUUCAAAUUUUCAGUCCCUUGUUUUUCUGGGAGGACAGCUGAGCUUGGCUUUAUGCAUCCUAUUAUGUUUAAAUUAUUACAGUAUUGCUCUGGGAGCUGCUUCUUUAUCUCUUGUGGUGACUUAUCCACUUAUGAAGAGAAUAACAUACUGGCCACAGCUGUUCUUGGGCCUGACCUUCAACUGGGGAGCCUUACUUGGGUGGUCAGCUGUCCAAGGCUCUUGUGACUGGUCAGUUUGCUUGCCCCUGUAUUUCUCAGGAGUUUGCUGGACAUUAAUGUACGACACUAUUUAUGCUCAUCAGGAUAAAAGAGAUGAUCUCGCCAUAGGCGUGAAAUCUACAGCACUCCGGUUCAAUGAAAACACAAAGCCAUGGCUCAGUGCUUUCAGCACCAUGAUGCUUUUGGGACUUACUGCAGCAGGAAUGCAUUGUGAUCAGACUUUUCCAUACUAUGUUGCUGUGACUGUGGCAGGCAUCCACUUGGCUCAGCAGAUAUACACUUUGGAUAUUCACAAGCCUGAAGAUUGCUGGAAAAAGUUCUCUUCUAACCGCACAGUAGGACUCAUACUUUUCAUAGGGAUUGUUCUUGGAAACUUACAGAAAAGGAAAAAUACAGAAGCAACAAUGAAAAGGUUAGAUAGUACAGAAGAAAAUAAAGUUGUUUUACAGAAAGGAAAUGAACACAACUAAAAAAAAAAUCUACAUGAUUUCAGCUAAUGCUGUAUUUAAAAUACUUUAUUGAUGAGACAUUUUUUUAAAAAAUGUGUAUCUUUAUUAUGUGUAAACUUCUCACUGCCAGUAUACAGCUGUGGCAAUAAAUCAGCUAUAUUUGAUUGCUUCCUGUCGAAACUUUAGGAGGAAACACUUGCAGAAGUUUACAACUGAACUUCAACAUUGUAAAAUUGUAAUGAGUGUGAGAACUCUUAUGAGUAUAGGCCUACUGUAAAUAAGAACGGUGACUUGACUCAUGAAACAGUGUGAUUCAUGAAAUUCUUUAUUUGUGUAAAAUAGUUCUAUUUUUAGAUAUCCAAAACCAAACUAUAAAGUGACUUUUGUCAAGGUGA